AUGGGCAGGUAUCUUGAUUGCUGUCGGUAUCGAUACGAGGAUACACCUCUUGAAGCCGGAAAUCAAACUGUUCAAAAUUUAAGAAAUACCACAGCAAUUGAUGGCGAUCAGUUAACUUGUAAAAACGGUGUGCAUAGAUUUUUGGAUAGCAUGACAUCAGAUGACAAGUUUAAUUCUUUCAACAACACAUUACAUGGUCUAACUUCUUUUAGUCGAGAAUCAAAGUAUCAGAAUCGAGAAGAAAAGGCAGGUGUUUGGAUUUCAUGA